AUGUCACUGCCUCCCAAGUUUCUCAGUUUCUCUCGUUUUAGUCGGGCGCUGAACUGGCGGGAUGAUCAGGAUAUUGGAAACGUGGAUGAUGUUGAGCGACUGGUCAAGCAGACGCUUGAGCAACUCGGUGGGCUCGAUAUUGUUAUUAAUAACGCCGGAUGGACGCGCUUCGCGACAUUUGGUGAUCUACACGAUCUCAGCCAUGAUGAGUGGAACAAGUGUUGGGCAGUGAACGUCAUGUCUCAGCUCUUUCUGAUGCAGCAAGUUACACCUGUCUUCAAGGAUAACACUGAUGGUGGUGUCUUCAUCAUCACUUCUUCUAUAGCGGGCGUGAGUGUCGGCGGCAGCAGCAUGGGCUAUUGCGUUACCAAAGCUGCAGGUCUUCGCCUGAUGAAGUGCCUCGCUUCGACGCAAGGUCCAAAGAUCAGAGUCAAUGCCGUUCUGCCCGGCCUUCUAUUGACAGAGUGGGUGAUCCUUGAUGUGCAGGGCAUGCAAUUUCCGGAAGCAUCACGAAAUGCUGGCAUACAGAAGGCCGCACUCAAACAAGAAGUCUAA